UCGCGCAUACCUGACGUAAUCAGCCCGCGUCAGCAGAGGUGAGGGCGCGAGGGCCGUGGAGAAGCACGUUUCUCGCUUGCCUCAGCGCUCACGUACCAUGGCGUCCCCCGUCCAGCAGUCUCCUCAGCCUGGCGGCGGGAAGCGCAAAGGCAAAGCUCAGUACGUGCAGGCCAAACGGGCUCGGCGCUGCGAUGGCGGCGGGCCCCGGCAGCUGGAGCCCGGGCUACAGGGCAUUCUCAUCACCUGUAACAUGAACGAGCGCAAGUGCGUGGAGGAGGCCUACAGCCUGCUCAACGAAUACGGCGACGACAUGUAUGGUCCAGAAAAGUUUGCAGACAAGGAUCAGCAACUCUCUGGAAGUGAGGGAGAAGAUGAUGAUGUGGAGGCCGCCUUGAAGAAAGAAGUUGGUGACAUUAAGGCAUCUACAGAGAUGAGGCUGAGAAGAUUCCAGUCAGUGGAGAGUGGAGCAAAUAAUGUAGUCUUCAUCAGGACACUUGGGAUAGAACCUGAGAAAUUGGUGCAUCAUAUUCUCCAAGAUAUAUACAAAACCAAGAAGAAGAAGACUCGGGUUAUUCUACGAAUGUUACCCAUCUCAGGCACAUGCAAGGCUUUCUUAGAAGACAUGAAAAAAUAUGCAGAAACAUUUUUGGAACCCUGGUUUAAAGCUCCAAACAAAGGGACAUUUCAGAUUGUAUAUAAAUCUCGAAAUAACAGUCACAUGAAUAGAGAAGAAGUUAUCAAAGAAUUGGCAGGAAUAGUAGGCAGCCUCAAUUCGGAAAAUAAAGUAGAUCUUACCAAUCCACAGUACACAGUGGUAGUAGAAAUCAUUAAAGCUGUCUGUUGCCUGAGUGUUGUGAAAGAUUACACGUUGUUCAGAAAAUAUAAUCUCCAGGAAGUGGUGAAGAGUGCCAAGGACUCGUCACAGCUUAACCCAAAGCAGGCAGCGCUAACAGGAAAUGGGAAAGAAGCUAAAUUGGAAUCUGGUGACAAAUCAAAUCAAAAUGACCCAGCAGAAGGAAAAAAUAACCAGCAGGUGGUACCAGAGGAUAGUGAGGAGCUGGGUCAGACAGAACCAAUAUCUGAGACACAUGAGGUGAGUGAGGGGGCCGCUAAACCUGAACUUGCAAGUCAAGUCACAGAAGGAUCUAAGAAACAUGUGGUGAGUGAGGGGGCCGCUAAACCUGAACUUGCAAGUCAAGUCACAGAAGGAUCUGAGACACAUGUGGUGAGUGAGGGGGCCACUAAACCUGAACUUGCAAGUCAAGUCACAGAAGGAUCUGAGUCACAUGAAAAUGACCUCUCAUAGGAAGAAAAAUCGUUUGGUGUUGGAGGUGGAUUUCUCAACUGCGGUUCUGUGGAAUGUUGCUGGGAUUCUAUAUAAAAUUGUUACUAAAAAUAUUGUUUUUGA